AGCAGCAAUCCAGGCACAGCCGGCUGCGUUGGUACAAUCUGGAAGCUUGUUGCAAUAGUACACAGAAUAAAAAACACAAGGAAGAGCCUGGCAGCUGUAUAAAACUCCCUCUGAGCUCUAGUCUCCACAGAAGUUCACCGGCCCCAGCAAUCAGCAUGACCAGCCAGUCUCAGGGAAUCCAGCAGCUUUUGCAGGCAGAAAAACGUGCCAAGGACAAACUGGAAGAAGCCAAAAAAAGAAAGGGUAAAAGGCUGAAGCAGGCCAAAGAAGAAGCCACAGCCGAGAUAGACCACUACAGACUACAAAGGGAGAAGGAAUUUAGAAACAAGGAAACAAACGUAAUGGGGUCCCAAGGUAACCUCUCUUCCAAAAUAGAAGAGCAAACCACAGAAGCCAUCCGAAACCUCACAAGCAGCUACCACAGGAACAUGGAGAGUAUGAUGAAAAAGCUCUUGAGCACAAUAUGUGACAUCAGCCCUGAAAUUCACCCAAACUUCAGACCUGCUGUUUAAGAUUCAUUGAUGUGCUGUGUUUGUGAAAAGUUGCCUUCUUUCUUGAUAAGCAUUAGUACUUCCUCAUGUAUUGUUUCUGUAUGUGUGAGAAAAAAAGAGCACUGAAGCCAAAAGCACACAAUUCCACACAGGCUUUUGAUGUGACAGGAAUUAUAUAGGGUUUCACAGGCACUUGUUGGAAUAUUGUUUCCUGUAGCUAAGCCCCUGUCAUUUAGAUUGGGGCAAGUCAACAACAGCAGAAUAAAUGAUUGUUUGACACCAGCAGGUUUUCA